AGUGUCUUAUUUUUUUUUACCUGUUCGCACCAUUAAUCUUUUAGGAACCUCCUGAUUCACAUACUUCAUCUAUGAUGAAAUAUAAGGUGUGGUAGGUAGAUAGUCCAAAGACUGUGUGCAGCAGAUAAAACAGGAACUUUUAUCAGGACUGAGAUAAGCUGCAAUUAGCACAGGCACUAUAGUCCUCUCUACAGUUUAAAAGCAACAAGUAUAACUAAGCAUUAAGAACAUUAGUUUCAAAGAUUCAUAAUGCAUCAAAUUGAAUUGUUGCUGCUGGUUCUGUUACUAUGGACAGCAGUGGCUAAGGCUGAUCCUGUCUGCAAAGUGUGCAUGUGUUCUGAAACAACUGUGAACUGUGUUGCACGCAAUCUUCAGCUCCACUUCAAUGAUUCAGACUGGCCUAGUGACAUGGUGAUUACUGAUGUGAUGAUUGACAACAAUCAGUUGGUUCAUGUGACACAGUAUCCUCCUCUGGCAGUGCUUCGCCUGUCACUUAGUCAUAAUAAUAUUGUUGGGAUUGACAGUGCAGCUUUCAUGCAUCUUCAGAAUCUAACAGAACUUGACUUGAGCCACAAUUUUAUCACUUCAGAAAAUCUGGCUUCAGAUGUGUUCAAGGGAGUGUUUGCCCCAGACAGAUAUCAGCCACUUGCUAACUUAGAGACGUUGAGACUUGGAAGCAAUGCUAUCCAUACGCUGAAGUCAGAUCUGUUUGAGCACAUAGUCAACUUAAGGAUUCUCACCCUUGAUGCAAACCCUCUCCGUGUUUUAGACCAAGGGACUGUGUUGGCUCUCAGCAGUCUGCCAUAUCUUGAGGUUUUGGACCUUUCAUAUACAGAUCUGAAGGACCUUCCUGAAUAUUUGCUACACACCCCAAAAAACCUCAAAGUCCUGAACUUGACAGGUAACUUCAUGACUCGGGUGCCAUCUGCACUUGAACACAGUCAUGCCUUAGAAGUGCUUCACUUCUCUGAGAACCCAGUUGUUGUGCUGGACCGUUCAAGCUUCAAGUCAGAUAUGCCUUAUCUCCGUGAGCUGCACAUGUCAUAUAUGGAGAACCUGACAUACAUAGCCUCUGGGGCCAUGUCGAAACUCACAGCUCUACAGGAACUGUAUCUCAGCCACAACCCUCGUCUGUCGUCUAUCCAUCCGGAUACUUUCAGUUCACGCAGGGAUGGUGAAAAGUCAGAAGAAUGGCCACCCAUUGUGAAGCUAGACCUUGGACACAAUAACUUAGCUUCCUUGGAUAGACAUUUGUUGGGGCACUGGAAAAUACUUCAAUAUUUGAACCUAGUUGGAAAUCGUUGGCUCUGCGAUUGUGAGAAUCAGUGGAUGGUCAGUACAUUGCUGCCAGCAGUGGAGAACAUCACAAAAUAUCAGAUAGACACUCUGGAGUGUGUGGAGCCAGAACAAAUGAGAGGCAGAAAGCUGCACGAGUUGGAAGUUCGCAACUACCAUAUGCGAUGCCUGGAUUCUGCUGGGAACCACCCAGAGAAGGAUGCGAAGAUGCUUGUUGGGAUCCUGGUGGGAGUGCUACUUGCUGUGCCUGUUACCAUGAUAGCUCUGCUGCUGUUCCGUAAGAGUAACUUUGGGUCACGCUUCUUCUCCCGUGGACCUGCUAGCUACUCACGGGCAUUCUACAGUCCUGCAGACUCUGGGGAGAACUAAGUGAUUUAAUUGACAGUUAUCAUUAGUUUAAGCAUGGGGAUGUUAUUUUCAAACUAAGGAGCACAGGAGAUUCUGUCAAACUUGUAGCAGAACAUUUAUAAUCCUACAAAUUAAUCCUAUCCUGACCCUAGUCAGACAGCCUGUAAGACUGCACUUUGUUAUUUCACUAAACAAUAGUUGUUUCACAUUGUUUUACAUUAAGUCAUAUAACUCAGACACUAGGCCCAGUGUGUGGAAACGUCACAGCACUAACCCCACAUAUGGUAGUUUGCUAUUGAUAUAAAUAAGUUAAUUAGGUAUUACAAUUAACCAUCUUGUGAUAAUUUAAAUAUGUGAUGAUACUAUAAGUGCUUGAAGAUGACAGAAUAUUUCCCAAAAUAUAUUAUGCGCAACACAUAGUAAGUGGUGUAGAUGAUUUAUAUAGUAAGAUUUGCAAAAUUGUAAUAUUGCCACAGUAUGCAGGGAAUUAAGUUUAUCAGGAAGUUAGUUAAAUGUCCAACAGAUGUCACUGGUAGACAUGAACACUUCCAAGUACUAAGGCUGUCUACAAUAAUUUACAUCAAGGCAUUUCUGGACACUUAUACUGGGGAUAUUUCAGUACCAAUGCUGAUUAUAUCAGCCCUCUGCAUACCAUUUUUGAAUAUUAUCUGCAACUGCCUCUUGGUGAUGGCAGUAUAAAACGGUAUUAACCAUGAUGGACAGUAUCGUAUAAAGGUAUUUGCAAAUUAAUGAAAGAUCCCCAGACGCUCUUAAUAUAACUAACUAGCCAGUUCUGUUAAUAUAACCUGAAGAUUCAUCAUUACUAAUACCAGACCCUGCCAUUUUACUUGAUAUACAACCAAUUCCAUCCAUUUUCCAUCCUUACAAGCUACACCUAAUAUAGAAGGUCAUUCAAGUGAAAACUGCAAAUGAUAAAUAAAAAUUUUAUGUUACAAACAACAAGGAAACUGAGCAUGUCAGUCUUUGAUGUAUCCCUCAUUAUGUUUCACAUGCGUCAUUCAGUGUUGCAUUAGCCUGGAUUCCUCGAGAGAAGACGUUUUAUGGUUAAUGUUGAAGCACCACCAUCUUGACCUGUUCACCUGGCAAGAAAUUACUUCCUCUUAGUCCAUCUUUUAGUGACCAUAAAAGGUGAUAAUUACAUGGAGCUUAGUCUAGUAAGUAUGGAGUUGGGGUAUCCAUCUGCACUCAAAACUCAAGACUCCAGAUCACACCUCUACCUUUUUUUUUUUUUUAUUGCUAGUGGGGUGGGACUAAGUCCCUUGUACUGCGGCCACUUCUGGCCUAUUGUACCAGCCCCAGAUGAUAGGUGAGGGAUUGUGGAGCAAUUGGUCCCAUGAAGAUUGCCCGGGGAAACCAAACCACUCGGGAGAAAACCUGCCCCAGCGCCACUUUGUCCACCACAAAUCCCACUUGACCAGACCCAGGAUCGAACCCAGGCCGCCGUGGUGGGAAGCCAGCGACUAACCGCUUGAGCUAUGGUGCGGCCAUUACACCUCUACCUGGGUGCAGGACUGUGAAUAUGUUGCCAUCUUGAAAAUCAGCUGUUUCAAGUUUUGCAGUAGACUUGGGUCCACAAUCUGAUGAAAGAUUAUCAUCAGUUUUUGCAUAAUAUGCAGUUUAUGUUGGUUUGGUAAUUUUCACUUGAAUGAUCUCUAUAUAUAUUGUCACGAUUUUAUGGAGUGUAACUAUAGACGGGUUUUGGAUUAUGAUCAAAUUUAUUGGCCUCUUUGAUACAGCGCAUGACUACACUUUACAGUACACUGUUAUACACACACACACAUACGUGUGCUCACUGUCAUUGCAUCGUAGCAACUUCUAAUGAUGGACGUUCCCCUUCCUCUGGGUUCCCAAACUGUCCCUGGCCUCAGCUACCAGUUUCUCACAGCAACAGCCUACAUCAACUGGACUUCAGUUCUCUGACUAAGAAACUCAUUCACCAACCAACUCUUCACUAAUUCCACUGACUGACUACUCACUUUUCCUACUUAUAACAUCUCAUCAUGGACCACAUAGAAAACACCACUCCUCUGUUGCAGUGCAAUGGUUGCAUUUGUGUCUGUUGGUAGAUCCAUUAUCUAGCAAUGGCUGUUAUAUAGUUGCUUGUUUCACGGUCAUUGCCAAGCAACAGAUCUACAUGCCACAAUAUUAGUGUUAUCCUGCCAUCUUGUUUUUACCCAAAAAAUUGUAUUUUGUAACAUAUUUUCCUGCCAAAUUUCUGUCCGUAUUCUUUGUUGCCACCAUCCUAGCCAUGUGCCUAACUCAUCAUGGUCUCCCAGAUGUCACUGGUUUAAUAAUACUGAUCUACACGUUAAUAACUUCUUCAUCAUUGCUUUGUCCUGGUUAGCUUCAAAUAUUUUCCUGAGCACCAUGUCUUAAAACAAUUGUAAUUUAUGUUCUUCUCUCAAAGUGAGUCCAUGUUUCAUGCCUAUACAGAGCUGGCAACAUUAUGAUUUGUAUAUUCAAAUCUUCAGCAUCUUAGAAAGUAGACAGGAUGAUUAGCACUGAAAGCAAGAGCUUGCAGUUUCCAGAUUUUCUGUUUGUAAUUGGAUCAUUCUGACUUUAAUGAAAGGUCAUAUGGGUGUGGAAAUUGGAAAAAAGAUAUUAAUAUACUAAUGAAAAGUUACCAUGUGCUAAACAUGUAGGUGUAGAAGUAAUACUGUUAAGGUCCUCAGUUUGAAUCUUGGCCAGGACACUGGAUGUCCUUGCUGAGGUUUGCCAGAGUUUUUCUUUCUUUCUUUUUACCCCCCCCCCCAGGAAAAUCCCAAGUUAUUGCCUUGAUUAGGCCUCUGCUGCUUCAUUUCAAACCCUUUACAGUUCAUCAUUCAUCAUCCUACAAUCUGAUGCUGUAUGGUCUAAUACUGAAAUUAUCAUUAAAUAACCCAUGGAAAAAGAUUACCAUGUUUUGUUCAUUGAACUCUUUGAACAUGGCCACUUCUUAAGAAAAACAAAACUUUUACUAAGAAAUUGUUAUAUCUCCCAAACUAAUCCACAUUAUCCAAUGAUUUAGAGACUGGAGUAUAAGGAACAUGUAGAACUAUUUGCAUUUACUUUAUUUAUGCACUCACUAAGGUGCCAUCACUAUUACUAAAACAACCUCUCUGGUUUGGCACUGGGUCCAACACAUCUCUCUCUGUCACACACACGAGCAUAACUUGGCUUCAUUUUCGUUUUUGGUAUCACUGCUCUGACACUCACCCUUAAUAGGAAAAUAAUGGAAUUGGUAGGAGUCCAUCGCAGCCAAAAGAAGACACUUCAUUAAACAAAGGGUGUUCUUUGCUAAUACUAAUUUAAAGGGAAAAUGUGGAGACUUGACAAGCAUCGAGACUCAUUAUUGUGAUGAUGAAUGCGUGACAGAAAUUUACAUUGGGCAUAAUACCAAGGAUCACAGUCGAGUAGUUAGAAUUCAUACAUAUUGGAGGUCUCAGGUUUAAUUCAUAGUUCAGAGGUUGGCUUUCAUGAAUAGGGUUUCUUUUUUUUAGGGGGGGGGAGGGUUCUCAAUCUCUUUAGGUGAAUGCUGGGAUAGUACUUUACUGUCAGCCAUGACUUCUUCCUUCAUUCCUCGCUAUAUAAAAUAUGCAGUUGGAAAUGAUGGUUCGUUAAAUAAACUGACAAACAAAAUAUGGUAAUAAUGUGAUAUCUGUCCUUCAUAUGUUAAUUUAUUUUAUUUAUUUUAAUCCAAUGUGAUGAUUCUCUUUUAGAGGAAUCAUUUGAAAUGCCUGCAUAACAACAACAUCCAUCUGAUGGAUUUAGUAAGGAUACUGGACUUGAAAAGUGGUAAUUGUUAUUUGGAAAAUACAAUGACACAUGUAUUUUAGGUUAGUAAGCUGUUUAGCUCUUGGAGAAUUUGUGGUUCUUAUGGUGAUGACUAUGAAGAUUACAGUCUUCUUGGAUGUGAUGCAAUGUAGUUUGGUAGAUAAGCGCCAGUUUUUUCAGAGGAAUGUCCUGCCUUCAUUUUCUAAGUAGCAGUAGAUUCCAAAAAAAAUUUGAUACCUGUCUACGAAACUACAUGGCAUUAGAUCCAGAAGACAGUAAGCAUCAUGGUCAGCUCUUGUUACUGGUAAACUGUUGCAACAAGGAAGAAAGUUAAAUAGUAAAAAUAUGUUGCUUUUAAUAUGUUUUAUAUGAACAAUAUUAUCAAUAAAUGAAAAUGUAAUAUAUAUAUAUAUAUAAGAGACCACAAAAUAUUCUUGAUGAUCCAUUUUAAUGAGAGCUGCAUAAUUAUAUGACAAAAGCACCCUCUGUAUCAUUUUGUCUUUUGUAUUCCUGUAUUCUUAUUUACUUACACUCAUACUUUCUAUAUUCACUGUUUAGGUUGUAUCCCAAUCUGUUCUGGUUCCAUUUCUUGUAGUUCCUUUGCAUGAAGUUCAUGAGAUGCAUACACAACUAAGCUGUCAUGACUGUCAAGCUGUUUUUUGUUCACCCCUAAAAACUACUGAAAUGGAUUUUGAUAAAAUUUGGUAGUGGGGGGCUGGGAGGGACUGAAUGUGGUUUACACCAAAAUAUAUGAAGUCAAUUUAAUUUUCAUCUGUAGUAUUGACCAUUCUUUACCUGAUGAUCAAAUUAGAUUUUUAUCAUUUUUAUCAAAAAUAACUCAUCAUUUGGAAUAUGGAUCAGUAAGAAAAUAUUGAUUACAUUCAGAUCUACUGAUCACUUUUACAAGUGGUGUAUAUGUAACAAAAUAUGGAGAAAAAAAUAACUCCAUGGAGUUACUUAGUUACCAUAUUUUGGUGAAACUGAAAUGCACUUUUUUCCCACCUCACAUCUAUAAUCCCCUGCAAGAAAGUGGAUGUGGAAUAUUUGGUAUGACUGAAUUUUUUAUGGUUGGGUAGGAAAUCUUGUAUUAUAGUUUUUGAUAAAUAUAUAUAUAUAUAUUGUCACGUGUUGGGUAUGUCACGCGACAAAUAACUUUACGUGGGUCUCGGAUUUAGCGAAUCUUUAUUGGACUCUGACAUAGCAUUCAUGGGAUAAAAAGUUUUGACCAUUAAGAACAUGGGUUUUUGAAGUUCAUGUCCUUUAAGUGCAAUGUUAAAAUUUCCCACAUAAUAAGUUUCUCAUAUAUAAUGUUUGUCCACUUUAAAAGUUGAUAUUAUCAGUAAAUAUCUAAUUUAAUGCAUUGAAGACAUUAUUACAUACCAAAUUGAUUACAUGUCACAUUUCUGAACUAUACCCUGCACACAAUAUGAAUUCCAGAUGCCUUCAUGUAAUGAAAGAAGUGCAAGAGUCAAUAGAACUCUGUGGCACAGGUCAUUCAUACACAUUGAUCCAUGACAGUCAUUUCCUCAAAUCAGAUCUGAGAAUGCACAAAACCAGCAAGUAAUGUGUGGCAGUACAUAUAGAGUUGCUGCCUUUUAUGUCUCUUGGUUUUACAAAAUUUAAAUCUGACUGAUGCUUGAGGAAAAAAUUAGUUUUAAACUUCGAUGUGGCUUAUAAAUGAAAUGUUAUUCAUUUCUUUAUUUUCAUCUUAAAAUUCAGUUGCAGCACCCUCUUAUAUUCACUCACAUACAAUUGUAAGUACUGGUAUAUGAAUAUAAAUAACAUUUGAUUUGAUUUUUGUGUCUGUAAUAUGCAGUCAUGGUAUAAUGUUUUAGGCAAGCAGCUGUAGUUAUGCCUUCUUAUACUGAGUUGAAAAUUAGAAGGCGUAUCACCUCAGUUACAGUCAGGAUGAAGAUAUAAUAUUUUAAUGGUGAUUUCUUGGUUUCUAUAUGCAGAUGCAGAAUCCAAAAUUUCCUCGAGAUAUAUUUUAAAGCUAUUUUUGUAGCCUAGAUAUUCCAAAUGAUCUACAGUUACAUUACUGCCCAUUUUAAUUAUUCUCUAUGUAUUCAUACUAAAAAUACAAAUUGAAGAGUACAUUA